AUGUCAAAGCCUGCCUACCUCGCCGUUCUGGAGUACUCUCCCUCAAAACCCGUCAUCGUUUUUGUUCCCUCCAGGCGACAGUGCCGCCUUACGGUCAACGACCUUCUGACUCACUGCCUAGCGGACGAUAAACCUGAUCGAUUCCUCAACAUCGAGCUUGACGACUUACAACCGCACCUGAACCACAUCAGCGACAAGGGCCUCGUUAAAACACUCAACCACGGUAUCGGGUACUACCACGAGGCUCUCAAUAAGCAGGACAAACACAUCGUUCAGCGCCUGUUUGAAUCAGGAGCUAUCCAAUUGCUUGUUGCGUCAAAAGACACGGCUUGGAGCUUACCAGUGGCGAGUUACAUGGUGAUCAUCAUGGGUGUACAGUUCUAUGAGGGCAAGGAGCAUCGUUACAUUGACUAUCCAGUCAUGGACGUUCUCCAAAUGAUGGGCCGCGCUUGUCGGCCAAUGGAAGAUGAGCGCAGUCGAUGUGUUCUCAUAUGCCAGCAAACACGGAAGGACUUCUACAAGAAGUUCCUUGCCGAAGAGCUUCCAAUCGAGUCACAUCUCCCGACCCAUCUCCUUCAUGACUACUUCCUCGCGGAGAUCGCAGUCAAAACCAUCGAGAACAAGCAAGAUGCUAUGGAUAUUCUUACUUGGACUUACUUCUACCGCCGAAUGACUCAAAACCCAAACUAUUAUAAUCUGCACAAUGUCAGCCAUUAGCAUCUGUCCGACCACCUUUCAGAACUUGUUGAAAACACUUUGAGUGAUCUCGUGAAUUCAAAGUGUAUCGCAAUUGAGGACGAAAUGGAUGUGUCGGCGCUCAAUCUUGGAAUGAUCGCUGCCUAUUACAAUAUCUCAUAUGUGACGGUCGAGGUGUACACAUUGUCUCUCAAGGAGCGUACGAAGUUGAAAGGCCUUCUCGAGGUUGUAUCGUCAUCGGCCGAAUUUGAAACUAUCCCGAUCCGGAGACACGAAGAUGCUCUUCUUCGUUGCAUCUACAACCGCGUCCCAUUCAAACUAGAGCGAGCCGACUUCGAGGCCCCCCACUUCAAAACGUUCUUGCUCCUUCAAGCUCACUUCUCGCGGUUGCAAUUGCCGCCUGAUCUGGCUGCUGACCAGGUUCUCGUCCUGGAGAAAGUACUCAAUCUUUUGUCGGCCAGCGUCGAUGUGAUGUCGUCUAGCGCUUGGCUAAGCGCUCUGGGUGCAAUGGGUCUAUCCCAGAUGUGUGUACAAGCCAGGUGGGAGACGGAUUCGCCUCUGAAACAGAUCCCUCACUUUGAGACUGAGGUAAUCAAGCGUUGUAAGGACGCCGGUGUCGACUCCUUCUAUGACAUCAUGGAGCUCGAGGACGAUCGUAGAAACGAGUUGCUCCAGAUGACGCCCGCCCAAAUGCGAGAUGUCGCAACCUUUGUCAACUCCUACCCCACCCUCGACAUCUCUCAUGAUCUCGUCAAAGGAGAAUACACCGCAGGCGCGCCAAUCAUCCUCCACGUAUCGCUGGCACGUGACGCGGACGAUGAGGAUGAUGGUGACCAAAACGUUGUUGCACCUUUCUAUCCCCUCAAGAAGUUGGCGAAUUGGUGGCUCAUUGUCGGAGACCCUGCCUCCCGCCAGCUCCUCGUCAUCAAGCGAGUCACGGUGACGAAGAGCCUUGCCGUCAAGCUUGAGUUUACGUUGCCGAAGGGCAGCCACUCACUGAAGCUCUACGUCAUUUGUGACUCUUACGUUGGUGCUGACCACGACAUUGGUCUCGAACCCAUUGAGGUGCUUGAAGGAGAGGAUAGCGACAGCGAUGAGGAUAUGGGUAGCGAUGAGGACGAGUAG